ACGCAACCAACCCCAUACCCCGCAUCGACAGACCGAAUCUUUGGGUUCGGUCAACGGGCAAGCCUGCCACUCUAAGGUGUAUAAAUACGUUCAGUGUCUGUUCGAAAUUUACUUGACCUCCAGGCUAUCAUUUCAUCAAAAGCUUGCACUCAGUUUAGACCCACCGACCAUUCAGUUCUGCAGGGAAAAAACAACUCAAUUUCAACAUGACAUUGAUACACGGAGUCGACUACUCUGUUGUGGAUCCAGCCAACAAAUGGAAGAUCCUCAAGUCGCAGUCGCGAUUUGCCCUCUGGGCUCUACUCAUCUCCUCCGGCGUUGUAAUGCAAGGCUUUGACAUUGUUGCUGGCGGCCAGCUCGCAGCCUUACCCGCCUUCAGAGAGAAGUUUGGAGUGCUCCAGCCCGAUGGCAGCCACCUGAUUCCAGCUCACUACCUCUCGGCUUGGAACUCCAUCGCCCCAGCCGCAGAAAUCGUCUCUACCUUCAUUUUCGCGCCUCUUCUCGAUAAGUUUGGCCGCAAAUGGGGUAUCCUUGCCGCAUCUCUCAUCUCAGUUGCCGGGGUCCUUCUCCAGCAACUUGCCCCCGAUUGGCGGAUGCACCUGGCGGGCCGUGGUGUCAACGGCAUCGCUAUCGGCAUGAUGUUCACUAUUUCACCGCUCUGGAUUGGCGAGACGUGCCGUCCCGAACUUCGUGGUUUUUUUCUCUGUUUCUUCAACACCAGUAUCGUCUUUGGCCAGUUUGCCAUCGUCAUUAUGUCCCAAGGCAGCAGUCAUAUUUCUGGGUUAUGGCAAUGGUGGCUACCUGUGGUUGCCAUGUACUUCUUCCCUCUCAUUCUCACGAUAGCCUGGCCGUUCUUCCCCGAGUCACCUUACUGGCUUGUCCGUCGCGGCCGUAAUGCCGAUGCGAAGAAAGCACUUCGUCGCAUCUAUGGGUUUCAGGAAGCCGAGUACUACAAUAUCGAGGUCACUCGCAUUGAAGAGGAAAUCCGUCUCACCAACGAGCGACAUGGUAACCUCGACGAUCUUCCCCCGCGGAGGCUGCUAGGCGUCAACAUCCAGUUGGAAGCCGAAUGCUUCAAUACCACCAACCGGAAGCGUACUUUUACAGCCAUCUUUGCUGCUUCAGCUCAGCAAAUGAUCGGGGCCACGUUUGUCAUUGGGUAUGCUACAUACUUCUUCGAGCUCAUUGGGAUCAAAGACUAUUUUAGAGCCUCCGUCGCUUUAUAUGUGGUCAUGCUUCUCGCUAGCACCGCGGCCUUUCCGCUUACCGAGAUAUAUGGCCGCCGAUUCUUGAUCGUGGGUCCCCAGUUCAUGCUCUGUUUCAUGCUUCUCAUAAUCGGGAUCCUGGGGUGCGUCCCCAAUCGGGGUCAAGCAAGUUGGGGCAUCGUGGCCUUGCUUUACGUUUGGGCGCUGAUUUAUCAGCUCUCUAUUGGUGCCACAGGCUUUGUCCUAGCUUCAGAGAUCGCAACGAUGAGAUUGAGAGCAGCAACUCAGGGCUUAAUUACUAUCACCAACUCGCUUUGGGGCCUGAUUAUGCAGUUCACAGUCCCGUACAUGAUCAACCCUGAUGCUGGAAACUUGGGUGGCAAGGUCGGCUUUAUCUUCUUGGCUACUGGACUUAUUGCUAGUGUGGGGGGCUGGUACCUGUUUCCGGAGACUAAAGGCCUUUCUUUCGAGAGGCUGGAUGAACUCUAUGCAAUGAACGUGCCUCCGAGGCACUUCAAGAGAACUGUAGCUCUACUUGAGGCCGAACGCAGCCGGGCUGAGCCUGCCCAUGCUCUGCGCUCAUUUCUAGCUAAGGAGGGAGAAGUUUCUGUAGAACAUGCCUAAAUGGGCUGUUACACGUUCUUACAUUUUGACACAUGAUGUCGUUAUUAUGUGUCAAUAUAAAAGAAACACACACUGUUCCAGGUCGAAGUUGAAUAACCGUUCGUCUGUCACCUUCGAAGUUUAAUAAGUGGCAAAGGAGAGAAAUUCAAGCUUAGAUUUAAACUAUAC